AUGGGGUAUCUUUUGAUUGCGAUGAUGCUGUGUUUUCUAACUUCGACUCAGGGUUACAAGUUCUACGUUGGCGGUAGAGAUGGCUGGGUUGUUACUCCUUCUGAGAAUUAUAAUCAUUGGGCUGAAAGGAUGAGAUUUCAAGUCAAUGAUACUCUCUUUUUUAAGUACAAGAAAGGGUCGGACUCGGUGCUACUGGUGGCGAAAGAAGAUUACUUCGCCUGCAAUACCAAGAGCCCGGUUCAGUCCUUAACGGAAGGCGAUUCGAUCUUCACGUUUGAUCGGUCGGGUCCCUUCUUUUUCAUCACCGGAAACGCUGACAACUGCAACAAAGGGCAAAAGCUCAUCGUUGUGGUCAUGGCCGUACGACACAAGCCACCCCAGCAACAGCCUCCUUCUGCUUCUCCGUCUCCACCCGAGACUGACGCUCCGACAGAGUCGCCGAUGGACAGUGAGGGUCCAUCGGAUUCGGACGCCGGGAUGCCGGCUCCGUCGUCGGAGCAGAAAUCGGGUUCGUUCGGAGUAGUGUGUUCUACUUGGUUGGUGUUGGGCAUUAGCGUAUUGGUCAGCAUGGCCUUGGGGGACGUAAAAAGGGUUUGUUUUACAAUCUGA